CCGCUCAUGGCCCCGGGUCCCGGCCCCGAUCCCCGCCCCGAUCCCGGCCCCGGCCCCGACCCCGGCGCGGAGACCCGCUGAGCGGAGCUAGUGCGGCCGGAGCCCGGCGGGAGCCAUGACCGUGGAGCAGAACGUGCUGCAGCAGAGCGCGGCGCACAAGCACCAGCAGACAUUUUUGAAUCAACUGAGAGAAAUUACGGGGAUUAAUGAUGCCCAGAUCUUACAACAAGCCUUGAAGGAUAGUAAUGGAAACUUGGAACUAGCAGUGACGUUCCUUACUGCAAAAAAUGCCAAGAGCCCUCAACAAGAAGAGACAACUUACUACCAAACAGCGCUUCCUGGCAAUGACAGAUACAUCAGUGUGGGAAGUCAAGCAGACACAAAUGUGAUUGAUCUCACUGGAGAUGAUAAAGAUGAUCUUCAGAGAGCAAUUGCCUUAAGUUUGGCGGAAUCAAACAGGGCAUUCAGAGAGACUGGGAUAACUGAUGAGGAACAAGCCAUUAGCAGAGUUCUUGAAGCCAGCAUAGCUGAAAACAAAGCUUGCUUAAAGAGGACACCCACGGAAGUCUGGCGGGAUUCUCGGAAUCCAUAUGAUAGGAAAAGGCAGGAUAAAGCUCCUGUUGGGCUUAAGAACGUCGGCAACACUUGUUGGUUCAGCGCUGUUAUUCAGUCUUUAUUCAACCUUUUGGAAUUUAGAAGAUUAGUUCUGAAUUACAAACCUCCAUCAAAUGCUCAAGAUUUACCUCGAAACCAAAAGGAACACCGAAAUUUGCCUUUUAUGUGUGAGUUGAGGUAUCUGUUUGCACUUCUGGUUGGCACUAAAAGGAAGUAUGUGGAUCCAUCAAGAGCAGUUGAAAUUCUUAAGGAUGCUUUCAAAUCAAAUGACUCCCAGCAGCAAGACGUGAGUGAGUUUACACACAAAUUAUUAGACUGGUUAGAAGACGCUUUCCAAAUGAAAGCUGAAGAGGAGACGGAUGAAGAGAAGCCAAAGAAUCCCAUGGUAGAACUGUUCUAUGGAAGAUUCCUAGCUGUGGGUGUGCUGGAAGGUAAAAAAUUUGAAAAUACUGAAAUGUUUGGUCAGUACCCUCUUCAGGUCAAUGGAUUUAAAGAUCUACAUGAGUGUCUAGAAGCUGCCAUGGUUGAAGGAGAGAUUGAGUCUUUACACUCAGAGAAUUCUGGGAAAUCUGGCCAGGAGCAUUGGUUUACUGAACUGCCUCCUGUGUUGACAUUUGAGUUGUCAAGAUUUGAAUUUAAUCAGGCAUUGGGAAGACCGGAAAAAAUUCACAACAAAUUAGAAUUUCCUCAAGUCUUAUAUCUGGACAGGUACAUGCAUAGAAACAGAGAAAUAACAAGAAUUAAGAGAGAAGAGAUUAAAAGACUUAAAGAUUAUCUCACAGUAUUGCAACAAAGAUUAGAAAGAUACUUAAGCUAUGGCUCGGGUCCCAAACGGUUCCCCUUGGUAGAUGUUCUGCAGUAUGCGUUGGAAUUUGCCUCAAGUAAACCUGUUUGCACAUCUCCUGUCGAUGGUAUGGAUGCUAGUCCCCCACCUCCUGGACCCCUCCCAUCACAGUCUUCAACAAGCUCAACGGAGCAACAGGGAGCAGCUUCAGAGCUGCCAGGCUCGUCGCCGGCAUCUGUGACUGCCGUGUCCUCCAGAACAGUGAUACAUAAGCCAUUCACUCAGUCCCGGAUACCCCCAGAUCUGCCCAUGCAUCCGGCCCCCAGGCAUAUCACAGAAGAGGAGCUUUCCGUGCUAGAGAGCUGUUUACAUCGUUGGAGGACAGAAAUAGAAAAUGACACCAGAGAUUUGCAAGAAAGUAUAUCCAGGAUCCAUCGAACAAUUGAACUAAUGUACUCUGACAAAUCUAUGAUCCAAGUCCCUUACCGCUUGCAUGCUGUUUUAGUUCACGAAGGACAAGCGAAUGCUGGGCACUACUGGGCGUACAUCUUUGAUCAUCAUGAAAACAGGUGGAUGAAGUAUAAUGAUAUUGCUGUGACAAAGUCUUCGUGGGAAGAACUAGUUCGAGACUCCUUCGGUGGUUAUCGAAAUGCUAGUGCAUACUGCUUAAUGUAUAUAGAUGAUAAGGCGCAGUUCUUAAUACAAGAGGAGUUUAAUAAAGAAACGGGGCAGGCCCUUGUUGGAAUAGAAACAUUGCCACCGGAUUUAAGAGAUUUUGUUGAGGAAGACAACAAGCGAUUUGAGAAAGAACUGGAAGAAUGGGGUGCACAGCUAACCCAGAAGGCCUUGCAAGAAAAACUUUUAGCAUCUCAGAAACUGAGAGAAUUAGAGUCUUCUGGGAAAACCGCACAGGCAGGAGAACCAGAAUAUCUAGAACACCCAUCAAGAAGUGAUUUCUCAAAGCACUUAAAAGAAGAAACAGUUCGAAUAAUUGCCAACGCAUCACGUGAGCUUGAAGAUAAAAAUCCUGAAACAGUUUUACAGUCGAAUCCUGAAGCCAUAAGCCAGCCACCUAGCCAGCAAGUUGUAGAGGCAGUGCCUCAACUAGGGGAACUCAGGAUUGAAACGAAGGAGGGGGGUUAUGAUGACGAGAUAAUGAUGACGCCAGACAUGCAAGGUAUUAUCAUGGCGAUAGGUAAAUCCAGGAGUGUGUAUGACAGGUGUGGCUCUGAAGCUGGGUUCUUUAAGGCAAUUAAAUUAGAGUACUCCAGGUUGGUUAGACUGGCCCAAGAAGAUACCCCACCAGAAACAGAUUACCGAUUACACCAUGUCGUGGUGUACUUUAUUCAGAACCAGGCACCAAAGAAAAUCAUUGAGAAGACCUUGCUAGAACAAUUUGGAGACAGAAAUUUGAGUUCUGAUGAAAGGUGUCACAACAUAAUGAAAGUUGCUCAAACCAAACUCGAAAUGAUAAAACCUGAAGAAGUAAACUUGGAGGAGUAUGAGGAGUGGCAUCAGGAUUAUAAGAAAUUUAGGGAAACAACCAUGUACCUCAUAAUUGGACUCGAAAAUUUUCAAAGAGAAAGUUAUGUAGAUUCCUUGCUGUUUCUUAUCUGUGCUUAUCAGAAUAAUAAAGAACUCUUGUGCAAAGGCUCAUACAGAGGACAUGAUGAAGAGUUACUGUCUCAUUAUAGAAGAGAAUGUUUACUAAAACUGAACGAGCAAGCUGCAGAACUGUUUGAGUCUGGAGAAGACCAAGAAGUCAGCAAUGGUCUCGUUAUCAUGAAUGAUUUCAUUGUCCCAUUUUUGCCCUUGCUACUGGUGGAUGAAAUGGAAGAGAAAGAUAUACUUGCUGUGGAAGAUAUGAGAAAUCGGUGGUGUUCCUACUUGGGACAAGAAAUGGAAGCUCACCUCCAAGAAAAGCUGACAGACUUUCUGCCAAAACUGCUUGAUUGCUCUACAGAGAUCAAAGGCUUCCACGAGCCACCGAAGUUACCUUCCUAUUCCACACUUGAACUCUGUGAGCGCUUUGCCCGAAUCAUGUUGUCCCUCAGUCGAACUCCUGCUGAUGGAAGAUAGACUACACACACCUGCCCUAAAUACACUGUAUAAACUUUUUUUUUUAAGUUCUUAACCCUUGCCUUCCUGUCACAGGGUUUGCUUGUUGCUGCUAUAGUUUUUAACUUUUUUUUUAAAUUUUAAUAAUUGCAAAAGACAAAGCCGCUAUACAGACAUUAGCCAGACUGCAGACAAUAAAGCUGAGAAUCGCACGGCUCUCAACUUUGUCUUAGCCAGGACUGAUGUAUAGUUACAAGUCUUGAGUGAUUUUAGGAUGGCAAAGCCAUGCUGUUGCCACCGUCCUGUCACAGUAUUACUUUGCUUUUUAUCUUUUCUUUAUCUGUAGCUUUCCAUUCAGUCUGGGUUCUUCUAUGACUACAGCCACUUAAGGGUUCAGCACUGUGUACGGAACAUUUGGUAGCUUGUAAAUGCAAUUAAAUAAUAAAGUUUUAUUUAUGGCUA